UGCCUAUCAUGCCUCUUACCAACAUCAACCCCAAUACACAUCUCAACAUCAAUCCGCUCCUGUCCAACGCAGCAGUAGCCCCAGAGGCUACAUGAUGCAAUCAAACACCACCGCUCGCAUGGGUCUGAAUAUGCUAACUCAACCCCCCAGUUCCCAAGACCCUGUCGCGUCCUUCUCCGAAGACCGUAGAAGACCUUUACCUAUUUCGUCUCAAUAUGCUUCUUCUGGCUCUAGACAUGGCAGUAACGCUAGUGCUGCUACUUCUGGUGGUUGGGGUAGUGUUUCUGGUUCUGUUUCUUCUGCUUCUUCUGGGAGGAGUGCGAGUCGGGGUGGUCAGUAUGUGGAGUUUCGGCCUGCUGUUUAUCCUGGUGGUAGGGUUGGUGAGAGGGGGUCUUCUGGCAGCGGGUCUUCGAGAAGAUCGCGUCGUUGAGAAGGGGUGGAGAGUAAACUGAGGUAUGUUCGCCAUCUCCUGGUUCGCUAAUCUUGAUCGUUGGUUUGUUACGUGCUGCUUCUGGUGAGUUCUCCUCUCCUGCUUUAGUAAGUUUGCUUUUGCUCUUUUUUUUUACGUCG